GACGCCACAACCGCGUUGCCACCCACGAGGACAGAACAGAAUAGUGAUCAAUAAACAAGACUGUGAGAGGGAUUAAAUCAUCAUUUUCAAGCAUGCCGAAACAGAAAACAAAGAAGUUUGCCGUAAUGAAACGGAUGAUUAGUAUGAAAGAUCAACGAAUAAAAGAGAAAGAUCGUGCCAAAGCCAAAAAAAAAAAGAAGGACCCCUCAGAGCUGAAGGAGAGGGAAGUGCCCAAGUAUGCAUCGUGUCUGUUCUUCCAAUACAACACUCAGCUCGGUCCACCAUACCACGUUCUAGUCGACACCAAUUUUAUCAACUUCUCCAUCAAGGCCAAACUGGACAUUGUUCAGUCUAUGAUGGACUGUCUGUAUGCCAAAUGUAUCCCUUAUAUAACAGACUGUGUGAUGGCUGAAAUCGAAAAACUUGGAAUGAAAUACAGAGUUGCACUCAGGAUAGCAAAGGAUCCAAGGUUUGAGCGCUUGCCUUGCACACACAAAGGAACAUAUGCGGAUGACUGUCUGGUCCAAAGAGUAACACAGCACAAGUGUUACAUCUUAGCUACUGUGGAUAGAGAUUUAAAGAGAAGGGUAAGGAAGAUCCCUGGAGUGCCCAUUAUGUACAUCUCAAACCACAGGUACAACAUUGAAAGGAUGCCGGAUGACUAUGGUGCACCGAGGUUUUAAUUAUUUGUACAAAUCUACUGUCACUGUAAAUACGUUUUCUUUUGCGUACAUGAAAAUUGUUCAGUAGUUUGAACUGCAGACGCAUGGUGCAUUGUUAUGUUGCUAUCAUAAAAGUUAGACAACAGUUGAUGGAGUUUCAAUAAACAAUUUGCUGCAGCUGU